AGUUGAGUCCGUGUCCCUACCAUGGAAUUUUAGUGGGAAGAAAACAGCAUUUCAAAUCCAAAAAUCAACUGAAACGAAUUGAAAAGGCAAAUCCUUGUUCAAGGCAUUUUCUUCUCUCAUUUGCUCCUUUCAGAAUUUCCAUUUACUGAAGCAAACCCAAACCCCACACUCAACUCUCCAAUAUUCUCUUCAUUUCUUUUUCUUUUUCCGUAAUAUAUAAUCACAAUGCCAUUGAUCAUUCCUACCCAUUACUCCAAAACCGCUCUACACCAAUGGCUAGUUCUAGUGUGCCGAAGAGGCCGCCGCCUCCGCCGCCACCGUUUGCGAGACUGAUGAGGAGUAGAGACCCAAGAAAUGAAUAUAACAUUCUUCCCUUUGACGGUUCACCAAUUAUGAAGCUGCCGGAGAUUGAGAUUGCGGUUGAAGCCGUUACUAAAAUGAAGACUCUCAGUCGCCGAAAAAUUGAUGGUGUUGAUGAAAUAGACAUAUUUAAUUGGCUUUCUUCUCUUUUUGGGUUUCAGAAAGGGAACACAACAAAUCAGAGGGAGCACUUAAUAUUGCUACUGGCCAAUAUUUAUACAAGGAAGAAGGAUCUCAAGUGUUGUACUGAGGUUGAGGCACGUGAAGGGGCCAUAAAGCAAUUGAAACAAGAUUUUCUCAACAAUUAUGAAUUAUGGUGUAACUAUAUGCGUACCAAAUCAAAUAUCAGAAGAGACAGAGCAGAAAUGUCUCAUUUAUGUUGCACUCUAUCUUCUUAUAUGGGGUGAAGCUUCAAAUAUUAGAUUCAUGCCUGAAUGCAUUUGUUACAUAUUCCAUAAAAUGGCGGACGAUGUUAAUCAAGUUUUUUCUGGCGAUAAGAUGAUCCAAAACCCAGAUGGAAGCUUUUUAAGCAAUGUUAUAAAACC